AUAGCGUCGACAUCAAUUUUGGUCGCUGUUGUAAAAUUAAUCUGCGGUAGAUCAUCUUGAGAUAUUCUAAUUGACCUUCCAUGCUGAAACUUACGGUUUCAAUUCGGUAUAAAACCCGUGGUUAGUUUCAACCAGCCAUUUGAACGCCGAAGAGGAAUACUUACGGGCAUAAGAGUUUGCUUUGUAUUUGAUAAGACUAGGAGGAUAUUCUGUAUUAUGAGCUCUUACAUCCAAAUGAAACUGUUGCAGUUGAUCGCUACCAACAGCAAUUAUGCCGAAUGAGUGACGAGUUAAUGCAGAAAAGACCAUCCGUAGCCAACAAUCGAUGCAAAGUCUCUUGCAUCAUAACGCUCGACCGUAUGUUGCAAAAUGCGUGAGCAGACACUUCCAGAUCUUGAAUGGAAAGUUUUCCCGCAUCCAGCAUAUUCUCCAGGCUUGGCACUGUUGGAUUACCAUCUCUUCCGGUCGAUGCAACACGCACUUACGGAUAUACACUUCUCCAGUUACGAUAAAGUCCAAAAAUAGGUGGAUAAAUGGAUCGUCUCAAAAGACACCGCGUUCUACAGUCAAGGGAUUGCCCUGUUGCCGGAAAAAUGGGAAAAAUAGUAGAAAAUGGAGGAAAUUACUUUGCUUAAGGUUCAUUCAUCUUCCCUUCGAAACAAAUCAAUUUUGGAGACGAAAAGCGGCACCAAUUAUGGCCGCUGCUGACCAAUUACUCGUGAUUCACCGUAAUAUAUGCAAGGCGACCUUCUAUACGAAGGUGUUGAUCGAGCCUCAAUACCGCAUCCGCGGCAGUUUUGCGUUGACUGACUUCGAGAAUGAAAAUCGCUUAACGGAAGAGUGUGCAGAUAUGAACAUGAGCGCAGCAUUGUCGGCAGUCUUGUCGUUGCUCGUUUUACUACCGUCAUCGUUCGCACAAGCUAGUAAUCAUUCCUCUAAACUAAAAUGCGGCAAAUACACGAGACAUGACGAAAAGCUAAUCGUAAAUGGAGUCGAGGUUAAGUCGGUGAUGUUCCCUUGGCACAUCCUUAUCUACUUUAAAGAAGAAAACAUGACAUACACUCAAAUAUGCGGUGGUACUCUCAUCCGCAGCAAUCUCGUCGUCUCAGCGGUCCAUUGCUUCUUUGACCAGACAACAAGAAAGAUUAAAGACGCAUCGAGUUACGUUGUGGCAGCCGGCAAACGUUAUCGUGCCUGGGAUGCCGACGAGCAGUACAGUCAGAAGUCGUUAGUGGAGAGUAUCGACGUGGACGAAUAUAUAUUCGAGCUGCGAAUUAACUACUACUAUGAUAUGGACAUAGCUGUAUUGAAGCUGAAAACGCCGUUUAAGCAAAACAUAUUAGUGCAUUCCAUUUGCAUCGACUGGAAAGUCUUUGACGUUAGUAGGGAUGAUUUGUGGCAACCAGAACAACUUGGCAAGAUGGUCGCAUGGAAUGAAAACACCAACGACCAACAUAACCAGACUAUGUACGAAAUGGACAUGCAGUACAUCGAGCACGACGAAUGCAUCGGUAUAAAAAAUUUAGAUCCUCGCGAAUUGGUCGCGCAGGAUACGUUCUGUGCAGGCCGUUUGAACGAUUCAGGCAUCUGCAAUGAAGAUGGAGGUAGCGGUCUAUAUAUCGAGGAGGAAGGAGUUUGGUACCUUCGUGGAGUCGCCUCUGCCAAAUACGGGGUUGUCGAUCGUUGCCUUUAUAAAGUUUAUAAAGAUUCAAACGUUGAAUUUACCUACGUCAAUGAGUUGAAGUAUCGGCUUCUUAAGAAAUUGCUUAAUCGUGUAAACGAACGUCAGUUAUCCGAUGCACAAAAUAUGUAACCAGCAUCAUCGAACUCGCAAUAACGUGAGACGAAUGGACGUGACAUAUGGACGAGAUAAUAUCAGACACAAAAGUUUAAAAAGUGAUAAUUGUAUAUGUAUGUUCAAAUAUAUAUACAUUAGAGUUGUAACAAAAGUGCUUAUAACGAAGCGAAUGCGAAAGCGGAAGAAAAAAAAGUUUUUUAUGAAAACGAAAGCAAAUGUAAAUGCGAAAGCGAAAGAUCUUGUUUCUUUCUACUGAAUGAUGACUGCCAAUGAAUAAAUUAGUAACUUCCCAGACAA